AUGCCUUCCAUUGCCAACAUGGUCACAGCGUUGGUGUAUCUCGCUUCUGCUGCGAGUACCCUUCCCGUGAAUGUCGCUCGCCAACAGACCACUGAAUGCGCGACAGGUACGUGGUACUACUCUUGUGACACCAACGACGGUUGUUUCGACCACGAUCCUUGUACCAAAUCCACUCCUGUUUCUGGCAGGACUCCCGAAAAGGCGAAGGACAAACCGCUCGCUACAGCAUCAUCACUUUCGGCCAAGACCAUUGUCCCUGCUACGUUAUACGACAUUUACCCCGAGCAUCCCGAUGAAUGUAGUGGUCCGGUCAACGGCGUUCAUCUCGAGACUUGGAGUGACAAGUCUCAGGUCGAACAAGUCAUCGUCUUCAAGGACAUCCCAGCGGAUGCAAAUAACUGCGAUCUCUCUUGGCGUCAGGGACCUCGCUACUCUCGAAGAUUCCUCGACAAGAAUAGUGAUGCACAAUCUGAUGCACGACCUCUAUCUGGUUUCCCCGAGAACAAUGUAACAUACAACUCCAUCAAGCCCUUCGACAAUCAGAAAUCGAUUGGCGGCCCCAACUUCUCUUUCUGGGACGACCGUAAGGAAGACGUCCACCUUGUCGGGGGUGUCGACUGCGCUGAGACUGUUUCCUUCAUCGUCGGACUCCGAAAUCCCAAGGGCGAUUCACAGGUAUACCUUGAGCAAGAUGAACAUGAAAACGGCUGGACUCUUACUUACCACUAA